CGGCUGAUGCUCUCCAUCCUGCCGAAGCACGUGGCGGACGAGAUGCUGAAGGACAUGAAGAAGGACCCGAGCCAGAAGGAGCUGCAGCAGUUCAACACCAUGUACAUGUACCGCCACGAGAACGUCAGCAUCCUGUUCGCGGACAUCGUGGGCUUCACGCAGCUCUCCUCCUCCUGCAGCGCCCAGGAGCUCGUCAAGCUCCUCAACGAGCUCUUCGCCCGCUUCGACAAGCUGGCGGCCGUGAGUGCUCCCCGGAAUUCCCAGAAUUCCCAAAAAAACCCACAAAAAAUUCCCCCCAAAAAUCUCAAAAUCCCGAAAUUCCAAAAAAAUCCGGGGUGGGGGAUGAUGAGGAAGUUGGAAGUGUGUGGGAUGGUGGAGGCGCCCUGAUGGUUGGCGGGGGGUGGUGAGUGGAAAAAUCCGCGGGUUUGCAUCGGCGUCGGGGAUUCGGCGGGAUUCGUCUCCCGGAAUUCCGGCGUUAUUCCCAGAAACACCACCAGCUGCGGAUCAAGAUCCUGGGGGAUUGCUACUACUGCAUCUGCGGGCUGCCGGAAUUCCGGGAGGACCACGCGGCGUGCUC